AUGUCUAAGGAUCUUGAAGCUGGUGGAUUCGCCGUCAAGGAUUACCAAGACCCACCUCCAGCUCCAUUGAUCGAUGCCGAAGAGUUAACUCAAUGGUCUUUUUACAGAGCUAUCAUUGCCGAGUUCGUCGCCACUCUUUUGUUCUUGUACGUCACCGUUCUCACUGUCAUUGGCUACAGUAGCCAAUCCGACACUAAAAACGGCGGCCAAAUCUGUGGCGGCGUCGGCAUUCUCGGCAUUGCUUGGGCAUUUGGUGGCAUGAUCUUCGUUCUCGUUUACUGCACUGCUGGAAUUUCCGGUGGUCAUAUUAACCCAGCGGUGACUUUUGGGUUGUUCUUGGCGCGGAAGGUGUCUUUAACUAGAGCAAUUCUUUACAUGGUGGCUCAAUGUUUGGGCGCCAUUUGUGGCUGCGCUUUGGUAAAAUCAUUCCAGAAGGCUCUUUACAAUGAGCACGGAGGUGGAGCCAAUUCUCUCGCCGAUGGGUACAGCACCGGCACCGGCUUAGCCGCGGAGAUAAUCGGAACUUUCGUUCUUGUUUACACCGUCUUCUCCGCCACAGAUCCCAAGAGAAAUGCUAGAGAUUCUCACGUUCCUGUUUUGGCUCCACUCCCAAUUGGGUUCGCGGUGUUUAUGGUUCAUUUGGCCACCAUUCCUAUCACCGGCACCGGAAUCAACCCAGCUCGAAGUUUUGGAGCUGCCGUGAUCUUUAACAAAGACAAGCCAUGGGAUGACCAGUGGAUAUUUUGGGUUGGACCAUUCAUUGGAGCUGCGAUUGCUGCAAUUUAUCACCAGGUUGUGUUGAGGGCAGGAGCAGUUAAAGCUCUGGGAUCGUUCAGAAGUUCGACUGCCGUAUGAAUGUAAUACGAAUCUCCAUGAAUGGAUGUGGAAGUUGUUUAGAAAAAAAUCCCAAAGGCACUUGUUUUUUAAAAAGUGUGCCCUUGUUCUAUCCUUCCAGUUGCUCUGUUUUUGUUUUGCUUUAACUCUCUGUUUUUCGUCCCCCACAUGUCAUAUGUAAUAUUGGGCUGUGUUUUAAUGCAAAGUUUGAUCCAAUCAAGUGGGUCAGUUUCUAUGCUUAA